AUGGCUGCAGUAGCAUCAAAGAGGAAAGCUCCGAGCAGCACCCACACUCCGUCCGUGGCCGCGGUCUUUGAAAAGACAAAAAAGUUCGCAAAGGACAAUGCCAAAGCUAACACAAUCACGAAGAAGGUAAUGGAGUUUAUUGCUUUGGAUCACUACAUUGAUGUGGAGAAAAAACAGAGGGUUAGGGAAAUGGUCCAGGCUGAAUUGGACUUAUUAAAGCCACUUGGAGACAGUGAAGUGACGCACAGAGAGGGGGGAGAGGGUGCAGAGAAAAAAAGAAUCCGCACCACGGAGGCAGGACGUGUGCCCUCACUCUCUGACAUGUUUGAAGAGAUCCUCCAGGAAAACAACCCAGAUGCCAGGCAGACAACGAGUGCCACUGCUCAACAGCUGGACUCUUACUUGUCAGAAGUCCCCGUCCCCAGGAGUGACAAUCCUCUAACAUAUUGGAGGACCAAUCAAGGCCGCUUUCCUGACUUAGCACAGAUGGCACGCAGGUACCUGGCUGCUCCAUGCACAAGCACUGAUAGUGAGAGGCUGUUUAGUGCUGCAUCACAUGUCCUUGAUGAGAAGAGGAACAGACUGACAUGUGAUGAAGCAGAGAAGCUUCUCUUCAUGAAGAAGAACCUGCCACUGUUCCUGUAGGAGUAGGCUAAGUAGACCUAUGGCUUGAUACAGGCACAGUUGUUUUGUUUUAAUGUUUUUGUCUGUAAAUUUGGGUUUUGUCUUGUCUCAGAUGUCAGUUUCUUUCUGAUGACAAAUCUGUUCUGGUCAGGGAUAUGUUAUGUACCUGUAAGUGUUUGAUGUUACAAGCACACUUGCUAUUUACCUCAGCCAUUACAUUAUUGUUUACAUUAUAGCCUACUGUUACUUAGUAGACUUGUGCCAACUUUUGCACUUUUUUGCA